CCCCACCACGUCACUAUCAGGCUGCUUGACACAAAGCUCGCUCGCUUCUCAACCAAGAUACCCAGCAUCAUACCAAUCAAUGGCAGCUGCCACAAUGUCCGCAAACGCAUCCAACGCCGCCUCGGCGCCUUCCGACAAGUCCGCUUGGGCCGACAAGUAUCGCGGGGCCACUGUUGAAGACCUCGACCCGCCGCCAGCUCUUUCUGUCCGCCCAACCGACCCGAUUUCGCAUGCCCUCAUGUCCGCAUUCGAGCGCGACUAUACGCACUUGACCGUCACGUCUCCCGAGACCCGCGCGCUACUUGGCUACCUCAGCAUACCGCGUCUCAGGGAACUGCUCAAGGAUGGCAAGGCCAAAGAAAGCGACAGCGUUGAACAAGCAAUGCUGCGCUUCAAGCGCAAGGGCAAGACAUACAAGGUUAUCACGAUGGACACACCGCUCGAGGAGCUGGAGGACUUCUUCAACGGCGGCGCGAGCGGCGGCCAGAAGCAGGACUUCGCUGUUGUCACGGAUGCGAGCAGGAGGUUCGUUCUUGGUGUUGCGACGAGCAGCGAUCUCGAGGAGUUUGUGAAGAGGAGACCUUAGAGUUGGUAGUUUGGUAUGGAGAUGGUUUCCAAGCGUGGGACUGGCGUUUCGGUUCGGACUCUGGGAAAGGAAUUACUUUGGGAUACGCUGCGGCUCCUUGUUGAGGAGAGAGCUAUGGGAGUUCAACACUAGGCUGUCUCUCUACCCAGCUACCCAGAUGCGGAUCCAACGCUGGCCUGUAGAUAAUUAGUAUCCUAAACGCGAGUUUCUGCUCGAAAGGUUCAAGGUCUCAAGU